AUGAACUCGCUACCGGCUUACUCAGGAGCUAGAAUAUCCGGCUGUUGGACUCUUAGAUCUGAUGGCAGUGGAGGUGGUGAAGGAUCCUUGGAUCGGCUUCUCCCCUCAGUAAGCAGCACAGGCCUUUCACCCAGGAAAAGGACCACCAGCCAGUGCAAAUCUGAGCCUCCUCUUCUACGUACCUCCAAGCGAACCAUCUACACAGCUGGUCGCCCACCCUGGUACAACGAGCAUGGAACACAGUCCAAAGAUGCCUUCGUCAUUGGUCUGUGUGGCGGAAGUGCUUCAGGAAAGACAACCGUGGCGAGGAAAAUAAUUGAAGCUUUGGAUGUUCCAUGGGUGGUACUGCUGUCAAUGGACUCCUUUUACAAGGUCCUGUCCCAAGAAGAGCAGAUUCUGGCUGCCAGUAACGACUACAACUUUGACCACCCUGAUGCCUUUGACUUUGAUUUGCUGACACACACCCUGCGCAAGCUUAAACAGGGCAAGAGCGUGAAAAUCCCUGUGUAUGACUUUACCACUCACGGGAGACAGAAGGAGUGGAAAACCGUAUAUGGAGCCAGUGUUAUCAUCUUUGAAGGAAUCAUGGCCUUUGCAGAUAAAAAGCUCCUGCAGCUACUGGACAUGAAGAUUUUUGUUGACACAGACUCUGACAUCCGGCUGGUGCGUCGGCUGAGGAGGGAUAUUACAGAGAGAGGCAGAGACAUUGAAGGCGUCAUCAAGCAGUACAAUAAGUUUGUCAAGCCGGCAUUUGAGCAGUACAUUGAACCCACCAUGCGCCUGGCUGAUAUUGUGGUGCCACGUGGUGGUGGCAACAUGGUGGCCAUCGAUUUGAUCGUGCAGCAUGUCCACAGUCAGUUGGAGGAGAGGAAACUUCGCUGGGAUAUGGCAGCCCUGGCUUCUGCACACCAGGCCCAACCCCUCCCCCAGACCCUCAGUGUUCUGGAGAGCACACCCCAGGUCAGGGGUAUGCACACCAUUAUCAGAAACAAGGAAACCAGCCGCGAUGAGUUCAUCUUCUACUCCAAGAGGCUGAUGCGUCUGUUGAUCGAGCGGGCGCUCUCCUUCCUCCCCUCACAGAUCCACGUAGUCCAGACCCCCCAGGGAGAGGAUUAUGAAGGCAAGACUUUCCACGGAAAGAGGAUAACAGGCGUGUCCAUCCUUCGAGCCGGGGAGACCAUGGAGCCGGCUCUGAGGGCCGUCUGUAAAGACGUCCGCAUCGGCAAGAUCCUCAUUCAGACCAACCAGGACACGGGAGAACCAGAGCUUCAUUACCUGCGUCUACCAAAAGACAUUGGCGAGGAUCAUGUGAUUCUGAUGGACUGUACUGUGUCGACUGGAGCUGCUGCCAUGAUGGCUGUUAGAGUCCUGCUGGACCAUGACGUCCAGGAGGACAAGAUCCUGCUGGUUUCAUUGCUCAUGGCAGAAAUGGGAGUCCAUUCGGUGGCCUACGCAUUCCCACAGGUCAAAAUCAUCACCACAGCUGUGGACAAGAAGGUCAAUGACCUCUUUCACAUCAUACCUGGCAUAGGAAACUUCGGGGAUCGAUACUUCGGAACAGAUGCACCACCUGACUGGAGCGACGAAGAGAUGGAUGAGCCCAGUUACUGAUCCAACUGUUGUUUUAUGGACUAUGAUUAUAAUUCUUUUUUUUUCAUGGAGUGAAUCAGGGCUGAGCCUAUCAGAGGACAAUGUGAGGACAUAUUCUUUGCGUCUGUUUUGGCGUAAAGUGCAUCCGUCCAGGUGCCCUGGAACAGAAACUGACGACGGACAGAGCAUACAGCCAACUUGUUGACAUGUUAAAUUAUAUUAUUUUACCUUCUGCAAAUGCUGUUGUGGAUGGUUGUGUUAUAAAGUCUGAAAUAUUUUUAUAUGUACAGUAUGCGACUACUGUAAGUCCAAAUGUUGUGAGUGUUUAAACUGUGACAAUCUCUUUUGAAAUCUGCAGGCUCGUCGUUUUGAAGGAUAUAUCUCGCCUUAUGCCUAAAACUGUGGACGACACAACUGAAUGUGAAUUUUGCACAUGCAGUAAAAGAAAAGAAAAGAAAACAAAAAAACUUCUAAGGUUAUUUUUACCUUCCUCGCAACUUUCACAAAAGUUAAAUCAGAACACGAACUCGUGUUGCUCAACUUCUAUCGCCAUGAGCACUUUCUGAAGGACCAUUCAAUCGGAAAAUGUGUAGGUGGAUCUGUCUUUUUUUUUUUUUUUUUUUUUUUUUUUUAGCUCUCUGGUUCACUCUUUUCCUUCUCUGUGGAUGCUGACCUAACCAGUCGAAAUGGGUGUUGAAAACCAUUUUUUCAUUAUACAGCUAAGAGUAUGCACUCGUGUAUAUUUAUGCAGCACAUCCUUCAUUUACAUAUUUGGAUAUGGAUAGACCUGACCAGUCGGCAGGCAAGUCGUACGUCUUUUUUUGCUGCUGUGAAAAUGGGUCGUCUGAGUAGAACCAGCACAGAUUAAGUGUUGAUUUCAGACACCCUGAGUUAUGCCUUGCAGGGGAUUGUUUGUUUUUAACCAUUAAAGGGCUGUUGAGUCGAGGAUGUGUAAAAAGUCAGAGCAGGUGGAAAUGCCGCAGUCCUGUCCCGUGCCUGAUCUUUUAAUUUGGUUUCAGUACUGAGAUGAAAUGAGAUCUGUCUGCUAAAGUCUGUGCCUGUUAAAUAUUGCCUUGUUCUUUGUAGAGAAAUGUUGACAGUUUGCCAGAUCCUUCUCAAUAUUCCUGCGUUUGAUUAAGACAUGGGAAGUAGCUUUGCAUAUCAAGUUCAUUUUGAUGUCAUUGUGUUCUCUGGGUUACGGUGUCAUAAAGUAUUCAACAGGUUAUUUGUGAAAUAAACCUUUAUUUAUUCUAACAAUUAAGGGGAGGAUAAAAAAACUGAAUUGAAAAUAUAACUGCAAACUUGUUGUGACAUUAGUUACAAGUACUGUUGCUACUCACCAUUACACUUCCAUUCAGUCACCUUCUAUUGUACAGCGUGUGCUUUCUGCUGAGUACAACUGUUAGUGAGUCAUUCUGUGCUGAGAAUCCAUCAAUUGUGUUUGCAGCCUCGGUGUCUGACUGUGUGCUGUUUUGUGUUUGCCAUUUCUGCUGCAUGUUCCUUUUUAUAUAUAAAAGUAUAUAUUUAAUAAAAGUGCAAUACAGCUUUUAAAAA